AUGAAGCUGAACUCUCCUCUUCCUCAGACGCUGCCGAAAGAAUGCUCCAAAGCUGCCAAAACAUUCAAAUCGUUCGUUGACGGCGGGAACAACGGACUGGACGGGGUCGUCCCACGGAGCGUCCUGGAGAACGCCAAGGGCUUCGCGAUCUUUACUAUCGUCAAGGCCGGCUUUUUAUUCUCGGCGCGCGGGGGCGCUGGACUAGUCAUCGCGAGGCUCGAAGAUGGAUCGUGGUCCGCACCAAGUGCGAUCGGCACCGCCGGUGUCGGCUUCGGCGGCCAGGCGGGGGCUGAGAUGACGGACUUCCUGAUCGUGCUGAAUUCGAGAGCGGCUGUUAGAUCAUUUAUGGCUGCUGGGUCACUCACAUUAGGCGGAAACCUGAGUAUCGCCGUUGGACCGCUCGGCCGGAACGGCGAAGCGAUCGGAUCCGUGAACACUAGCGGGAAGCUUGCAGCAAUGUACAGCUACUCGAAAACGCGCGGCUUGUUUGGCGGGGUCUCGAUCGAAGGAUCGGUCAUCCUCGAGCGGCAGGACGCCAACGCGCAGGCGUACCACCGCGACGCCUCGGCGAAAUCGCUGCUCAGCGGGGCGAUUCCGCCGCCGGAGUGGGCGCAGCCGCUGAUCAGGACACUGGAGGCGUGCACGGGGAUGCCGGGGAGACGGCGGUGGGUGGAAGAGUUGAGCGCGCAGGGUGGUGAGGACGACUACGUGUUCGGCGGGGUCGGGGGCCCGUACGGCGAGGUGCCGCCGAGCGCGAUGUCGGGGGCCGGCGACGGUGGGAGCCCACGGCUGAAGAAGAAGAAGGAGCGCUCGCUGGGCCUCGGGUGGGGGAAGCGGAAGGACAGUGGGUCGUCGUUCGCAUCCGAGUUCCACGACCCCAGCAGGGCGCCGGUGCCCAUGGACCGCCGCGAUUCUCCGCCGUAUGGCUCCUCUCGCGCUGCAGAGGACGGGUGGUCGCCCCACCGCGCUCGCCCUGCCACAGGAUACUUCGAGACGCAGUUCGAGUCAGAUUACAUCUCCGACGAGAGGUUGCGGCGCCAUCCGCACUUUGACUCCCCACGCGUGAGCGGUCCGGACGAAUACCAGCACGGCUCGCCGUUCAACUCGCUGCCGCCGUUCAACGCUGCGCGCUCCAGCCUGACGGGGUCAGACGCCGACAGCCACAGGCCAUCGUUGAGCGGGUACCGUGCCAACGCCAAUGCGCGCAAUGGGCACGCGUAUUCGCAAGGAGACCCGUUUGAACCCAAUGAUAUUGAUGCAUUGGAUUAUGGUGGAGGUUCGCGGUCGCUAGGCUCGAGCUACAAGCAGGUGAAGCUUGCGCCCAAGACUGAGCUGACGAAGCCUUUGAAGCCGCAAGAAGGAAUUGCCCGUGCCAUCGCUCUGUAUAAUUUCAAGGCUGUGCAGCCGGAUGAUUUGUCGUUUACGAAAGGUCAAGUCAUAGUUGUAACGCAGAAGAGCCAGGACACGAAUACGUGGUGGCGGGGUAAGCUGGAGGGGCGUGAAGGCGCCUUCCCUGCAAAUUUUGUGGAGCUUGUAUAA